GGGGGACCCUUCUUAGUCUGUCUAGGCCCGGGCACGCUUGGACCCGAGUGGCAUCAUCGUGAUGCCCCGGCGCUUCAUCUUGGCCAACGGCUUCGCGCCGGGUCGCGCUUCUUGCAACGGCGACCACGGCGCGUCCGGCCUCGGCGUCGCCGCCCACGACGCGACGGGCGGCGGUGGCGCCCACGGCGCGGUCAGCUCCGGGCGCGCGGGCGGCGGCAUCGGCACUGCCUCCUCGGCCGUCGGCCAGCGCUGCCAGAGCGCGGCCGUCGGCGCGGGCUCGGGAACCGCCGGCCAGCGCUGCCAGAGCGCAGCCGUCGCGGGCGCGGCCGUCGGCGCAGGCUCGGGCGCCGCGGGCUGCCAGAGCUCGGCCGUCGGCGCGGGCGCCGGCCGUUGCCAGAGCUCGGUCGUCGGCGCGGCGGCGGGCUCGGGCGCCGCGCGCUUCCGCGGGUCGUAGCGGAGAGGUAGGAUGGAUAUGGGCCGGCGCUUGGCGCGCGCGAGGGGCCGCGGCUGCCGCGCCGGCGCGCGGUCGGCGAGGCGCGGGCGCGGGAGCUG